AUGGAAGAAAUUCACGAGAAUCAGUUAGGUGAAGUUUUACUGUAUCAGUUUGAACCUGUUUUAAACGAAAAUAGAGGUAGUAGUGGGGCAGAAAGCGAUUCCGAGAGCGAGUCAUCCUCAGACGACGACUUUGAUGAAGUAUUCGAGGCUGAGAAUAGCUGGCGUCUUAAAUCGCUCAGUUGGUGCAAGUGUGGCCACUGCACCUUGCAAACAAAGACAAUCGAAAGCUUUUGCUGCCACGAAAAGGCUUUAGAGUACUAUGAGUACGAUGCUUUAGUCACAAAUGCUGAAGGAAGCGGUCAAUGUUGGUUUAGUAAGCUGUGGGUUUAUAGUUAUGGUAUUAGUUUUACUUUGGUCAGAAUUUUCUAA